AUGAAUACAGAACCAGUUUUAGCUUCUGGACGUCGCUCUCCUACAUUGGAAAGACCAAAUUGUCACACGUCCAGCGUCACUGUCCAUCAACAUCUCUCAUUUGAUGGAGUGAGGAAUUCUCUCUCAGAUCUGAAAAAGAGACUCGAGGAAUUCUGUGAGGAGGAAUUCAACAAAAUCCCUCCACAUGCUGCAGCAGUUCAGAUCAUUUCAGGACCACAGAGCAGAGAAGAGUUUCUGAAAUAUUUCUGUUAUCUGACUCUGGAUCCCAACACGGUACAUCAUCUCUUCAUUCUGUCUGAGAAGAACAGAGCGGUGAGAUGGAGUGAGAGAGAGCAGCGUUACUCUGAUCAUCCAGAGAGAUUUGAUUACUGGCCUCAGGUGUUGUGUAAGGAGAGUGUGUGUGGACGCUGUUACUGGGAGGUGGAGUGGAGCGGUGCUGGUGGCGUGUCCAUAUCAGUCUCAUAUAAAGACAUCAGCAGGAAAGGAUGGGGUUAUGAGUGUGAGUUUGGACGCAAAAAUCAGUCCUGGACUCUGUACUGUGAUUCUUCUUCUUCUUCUCUCUCUUUCUGGCACAACAACAUUAUGAAUGAUCUCAGAGUUCCAUCCCCCUCCAGAAUAGGAGUGUAUGUGGAUCACAGUGCAGGAACUCUGUCCUUCUACAGCGUCUCUGACACGAUGAAGCUCCUCCACAGAGUCCACACCACAUUCACUCAGCCUCUAUACACUGGGUUCUGGCUCUACUGGUCUCCUGGUUCUACAGUGAGAUUGUGUGAUCCAGAAUAAAAGUGUGUAGUGUUUUCUGUAAAAUUCCUGCACGUUGCCACGUUGUUGCUCAGUCGUCUGUUUCACUAGAACACAAUCCAGCUGCACAAAAACACUCAUUUUAAUAUUUAAAUUAAAACAUAUGAAUAAUUGAAAAUAAUUAAAAAGGAAAUGUUAAAAAUUAACUGUCAGACAAGAAACUCGUCAAAUUUAAAAAGAAAAUGAUCUCAUGACCUUCGCAUUCUAAAGUUCUGUUUGUUUCAUAUUAAGCAGCGUCUCAUUAAAUAACUAAUAAACAGUAAUAAAGCCAGAACAGAACAACAUUUUAAACCU